CGGUACGCGACAGAACAAUCUACUUAUCGAAUUGUGCUUGUCUUGAGGCACGAUGCCUGGCGAUCGCCUACUGGGCACGCUGCUGAGGCAUCUGCAGACGUAUACCGACCAGCAAGAUACCCCAAGGCUCUUUGGAACGGCAUCAUCUCUUUUGACUACACUCAACAAUCCACUCAAUGUCACACUCUUGACAAGUCAACUCCUCUCAGCUCCAGCGAUAUGGGCUUAUCCGGAAGGCUUGCGAUCGUGCAUGCGCAUGAUUAGCGUGUUCCAUUCGGCUGCUCAAGCUCUCAUCAAACACGAAAAUGCCGUGAGAGACAAAGUUCCCGAUGCCGAAUUCUCACAGCUCCAACACGAGCGAACGCUUGCCAAAGAUGACUGGAUUGAGGCUGUCAUCCAAGGUGCUGAUGACCACUCUCCACGAUGGCGACAUUUGCUGGCGAUUGCUGGACUGCUGCUUGGCUUUGGCAAUCCUGAUGAUGAGAAUAUUUCGAAUAGCAUGCGACACAAGCUGGAAAGUGGGUUAGUCACUGCGGCCAAUCUGGCGCUUGAGGAAACGCUGGAUGACGACGAGAUUGGCUGUGGUGGUAUCACACUUGUGUUGAACCACUGCUUUCCUAUCAUGUCAAAUUUUGAAAGGUCGAAACUGGACUAUGAUCUUCUUCUGCCAGUGCUGAUGAAGACCACAUUCCACUCAAGUGAGGGCUUACAAUCAGCUUACUUUCUUGGAGCCCUCGAUCGAGACAUUCAAGUCACUGGCAAUGGCAAGCUGAGGUGGCCGGAACAAUCACAUUCUUAUCAGCGAUUACAACAUAUGUCGUCAGGGCCGCUAGUCAAAUCACUUGGACCACUAUCGAGACUCAUAGGACAUGCCAUCGAACAGGUCCGGGAGCACUGGCUUGUCACUGCCGCGUUGGACGACCUGAGCAAUUUCGGCCGAACACUUAUCACACAAUGGCGGCAGAACAGACUGUCGAAUGUCGAAAGCACAGAGCAAAGCCAAUUCUUGGAUGAACAUACAAUCACGACUACAAGCCCAGCGUUGUUCAAACUAUUGCAGUCUGUUCUCUUCGCCAGUGUCAUUGUCAUGCGAAGUGUGCUAGGCCGCAUGCUAGGGGACCCCAUGCUAGCUCGCGAUGAGCUGGCACCUGGCAUCGCGCAACAGACACUCCAUGUGCUCCGAAAUAUCUAUUUUGUCACCACCCGCCAAGGCAUGUCGACAUUCUCGCAGUACAACUUCGUGUACUACACAGCGAUGGACAUAUUAAGCCAAUAUCCUGGAGAAGUCGAAUCCUUCUUGCGCGAGAUUCAACCACCACAGAUCGGAAAGGUCGCGGAACACCCCUUGGACCGGACUCUCGAUCUCUUCUUCCUUAAUACAGUGGAGCACUUCACACUCACCCUACCAACGCAUCUCACAGCCGAAGUUGUCGUACCAGUGGUAACCUCCUACCUGGCUGCUGGCGGCAAAGGACCACUUCUGCCAGUUUUCGAAGCCGCACACAGCGUCACGUUGGCGGUAUUCUCUGCGCCUCAAAAUGCUCAAGCGACGAUUGCGAAUCUACCAUUCUACGUGGACUCCCUGUUCAGAGUCUUCCCUUCGAAUCUUUCGGCUCGCCAAUUCCGAUUGGCAUUCAAGUCGCUGCUCAAGCUUACAUCGCCGCCUUCAUCGCUGGCAGUGGAGCAACCAAUGAUGCCGGCUGUGCUUCUCGAUUUGCUACAUGAGCGAGCCUUGAAUGCACAGACUUCACCGAUACCCAUUCGCUCAGACUCACCAGAAGCAGCUGUCGAGUCACCAGUGGCUGUGUCUGAACAGGCCGUUCACACAUUGACCGUCAUCGACGGUCUCACGCAAAUUCCACUGGAUUUACUUGACGAAUGGCUACCCAUUACCGCGGACAUGAUUCACGAUAUACAAGACAUGAAAAUGCGAGAGCAUUGCAAAAAUCACUUCUGGCAUAUACUCGUCUCUAGUGGAGAGCUUGACCCGGAACGAAGUCGCGUAUGUCAUGCUUGGUGGAGCACGAGCGGCGGCAAAGAGUGGGUGUUGUACGGGAGAGAUGAGGCAGCAAUAAUGAGUGGUGGUCUGGACGAUGGAUCGGUAGUGAGUAAGCUGUAAGAAUAGGAGUGCAUUGAUGACAUCGGUUUUGUCGAUCAGAACUUCAGAGCAUCAUAGGAGAAUGUCAUCAUUACCAUUAAUGACAGUUACGAAAGGACAUAAAAGGAACUCUGUGCGCAGACUCGA